AUGUUCAAUGAAUAUUUCCAUUCUAUCUACACCAACUUCCCGGGGCAAUCUUUAUCACCUCAGCCUGAUUCGUCACCUUCUCUAUCCAGUAUAUCAUCCAUUGACCUCUCUAUAGAAGAAGUAUACCAAGCCUUACAGAACUUAGAUCCCUUCAAGGCUCAUGGUCCUGAUGGUUUUCCUUCUCGUGUUUUAAAGGAAUGUGCAUUUCAACUUGCUCCUUCUCUACACUACCUGUUCACAAAGUCCCUCCGCUUAUCACAGAUUCCCUCCGAAUGGAAGCUAGCCAACAUCAUCCCUCUACACAAGAAAGGUGUAAAAGAACACGUGGAAAAUUACCGACCCAUUUCUUUGUUAAGCAUUGUCAGCAAGACUCUUGAACGCUGUGUCCUAAACCACCUAUAUCUACGCAUACAGGAAAGCGUUCACUCAGCACAAUAUGGAUUCAUUAGUGGAAGGUCUACCAUAUCUCAAUUACUAUCGACACUACACAAAAUAGGGAAGGACUUAGAUAAAGGUCUACAAACAGACGUUGUCUUCAUGGACAUUUCCAAGGCUUUCGAUACCGUUGACCACUCCAAACUGUUACAAAAACUUCGCGAUUUCGGUCUAUCUGGCUCUCUUUUGUUGUGGUUUGAAAACUAUCUAUCAGGUCUCUGUCAACGAGUAACUGUUCACGGUGCGACAUCUACUUCCUUACCAAUAACAUCCGGAGUCCCACAAGGUUCAUUGCUGGCUCCCUUCCUCUUCUCGGUGUACAUUAACGAUUUGCCCGAUAACAUAUCCAUUUCUACUGGGGUCGGUUUGUAUGCUGAUGAUACCAAACUGCACAGAUGUGUGCAAAAUCGUAACGAUGCACUGGCAUUGCAAUCGGAUAUUCAAAGCCUCCAUUGUUGGUCAAAUGAGAACAUGUUGAGUUUUAACAAAUCGAAGUGUAAAGUGUUGUCUAUCACAAGAAGGAAGUCUCCCUUAAUUUACCCAUAUGCACUUGGCGAUCACCAACUAUUGUCUUCUGAUGUAGAGUCCGAUCUGGGCAUUACGAUCAGUUCGAAACUAUUAUGGAAUGUUCAGAUCAACAAAGUUCGGUCAAAAGCCAACAAAACGCUCGGGUUAAUCCGACGUUCUACCAUGGAGAUAACGGAUACCAACGCGAGAAGGCUUCUGUAUCUUCAACUAGUGCGAA